AAGAAACUCGUGGCUAAUCACCCCAUUAUCUAUCUGCAAUUAAUCUCGCCCGUAUGAAAGCAAAAUUCUCCAAUCGCGAGCACUGAAUGCUGUUUGCCAACUACCGCCGGCCAUUAAAUGUCAUUCUCCUCUUUCCAAUCACUCAAUCUAGGUUCCAUAAGUUAUCGGAAGGACGAGAGGCAAAAACCCCACGAGGAAAAAUUGGAAUCAAAUCAGACCCAAAAGUAAAAAAUGUCUCCUUUUCUAUCAUCUUUCACUAUACCCUCGUUAAUCUUCAGUUUAUUUACCUCUUCUUUAAUCCCAUUUUCAGUCUCUUUGCCUUUCAUUCUUCUCCAUGGAAUUGGAGAUCAGUGUUCGAGCAGAGGAGUGAAGAGCCUUACGCAGGAUCUCAUCGACUUCUCUAAAUCUGAAGGGUUUUGCACUCAAAUCGUAUGCAAUAAGGUGAAGCAAAUGAAAGAACUGCAGGAGGGUUACAACAUUGUUGGUCUUUCCCAGGGAAACUUAAUCGGACGAGGUGUUGUAGAGUUCUGUGAUGGUGGACCACCGGUAAGGAAUUUUGUAUCUCUUGGAGGACCUCAUGCUGGUACUGCUUCAGUUCCUCUUUGUGGUACUGGUGUAUUUUGCAACUUAGCUGAUGUUCUGAUAAAAUCCGAGAUAUACUCAGACUACGUCCAAGCUCAUUUGGCUCCUAGUGGCUAUCUAAAGCUACCUAAUAAUAUUGAUGGCUACUUGGACAAAUGUAGGUUUCUCCCGAAGCUUAACAAUGAACUCCCACAAGAGAGGAACGCUACUUACAAAGAAAGACUCACUAGCUUACAAAAUCUUAUCCUUAUCAUGUUUGAGCAUGAUACCGUCUUAAUACCAAAGGAGACUUCUUGGUUUGGGUAUUAUCCGAAUGGGGCGUUUGAUCCGAUUUUGAGACCACAACAACGAGGACAAAAGGAAUUGAAGGAUGUGGAGACAAAGAAAAGGAUACCUUCAUGACUGGCAAAGGAAAAAGGGAAAAACAUGAAAAAAUGAAAAAAGAAAUAUUUGAAAGCAAAGGAAAACUAGCGUACGCAGUCCAAAAGAAGAAUCACGGCCACAAUCACGCAAUAAAUUUAUUGCCGAAAAUGCCCUUACAAACUGAUCCGGAAUUCGUUGACCAAAUCUCUGUGAAAUUUCCAGCAAAAAUUCCUGGCAAGUGGCAAAAGCUUGUUAUUUAUAUUUUGAAUAAAAUUACUUUGAUGUAAAAGUGUGACAUAAUUAUAAACUAUGGCAGAAAAUGUUAUGUAUGUUUAGUGAUUAUUGACUUUGAAAAGUGAUUUAAUGUGCUAAAUAAUCUUUAUAAUAGAAAAAUGUUGUGUAUGUUUAGCCUGUGUUUCGUAAAACUAAC